AUGGCGGCUCUACAGAGCAUGGACCCCAUCGAAGGAUUGGAUUUCGAUUCGGUGAGCGCGGGAGAUGAUGCCUACGCCGUUCAAGCAACCAGUCCACUCUGUCUUCUCCUCGUGUCCAAGAUAGAGCAUGCCGCAAGCAGUGGAAACCUGGUCGCUGCAAAGGAGGCUUUCACCACUCUCUCCCGCACCGACGUGGGAUCUGGAUGGCUCAGGCGUCCGGGAAGCGCUCUGAUCUUGGCCUUGCACGGCAAUCACGCAAAGGUCAUCGAGUACCUCUUAGCCGAAGGCGUCCAGAUUGGCCCAAGCCACGUGCGACUUGCUACCGUCAAGAGAGCGCGGGCGAUUCUUGAGCUCUUUGUUAGAUACGGGUGGGAUUUGAAUACCCAGACGGAGUGGUCUGUUCCUCCGGCUCUUGCAUUCGCCGCCGAGGACUUUGACCUCUGUUCCUGGUUCCUAGACCAUGGUGCGGAUCCAAACGCCGGCUGCGUGCUCGACAUCACCCCCCUGUCGGCUGCAGUCCAAUACGGCUUACUCGAAGUCAUCCAGCUCUUCUUCGAGCAUGGCGGCAAAGUCACGCAAGGCCAACUACUGCACUACGCCAUUUGGCGCGAGCGCGACGACCGCGCGGAAGUAGUCGCCUACCUCUUACACAAGGGCGCGCCUGUCAAUCUUCUCAUGUACGAAACGCAACCAAAGAGCUUCGCCCUGCAGAAAGCCUUCGGCCUCGGGACGCCGCUGCAUGACGCGGCAGCUCAGGGAGACGGCGUCGUCAUGAAACUACUGCUCGAUCACGGCGCUGAUGCGACGGUCCAUGAUUCGCUGGGUUUCUUGCCGUAUCAAAGGGCAGAAGCCAAUGGCCAUCAAGCCGUUGCGAGGCACCUGCACCGUCUCGUUCCGUGA